AUGCUUCCUUCCCUUUCAUCCAUCUUCUCUCUAAGAACAUCUAUCAUCAUCUCCUCCAUCAGCCACCCACCUUGGAGAUCCACCCUAAAAUUCAACCAGAAGAAUGAAAACCUUUACAGCCGCCAACCCCCGAUACCAUCACCACCAUCACCACCACCAAUUCUCCCUUCUAUAAUACGUGGCUAUGUAGUGGCUCGAGUGAAUGUGUUCGAUUAUGGCUCACGAUGGUUUUUAUUUGGCAUGCUAUUCAGGCACCCCUCUUCCUCUUUAUCAAUCAAGGCUAAGGAGGAUCUUGAUCAUGUUUUGAGCAAAACACCAAAUCGUCAUGCGUGUUAUUCGAGGAAUGGUUUUGUAGUGCUUGGUUUAGAUACAAGGGAAUUUGAUAUUUUUUUAAAGAAAAUGCCAGCUUAUGAUCUUACUGAUGUGAAUCUGGUAAAAGAUGGGGCAAAACUUAAAGGACAACAUGGUUUAGUAAUUGAAUGUGGUGAUGAGGUGACACCCACCACUAUAGUGGUUAGUGGUGGGUAUAACGGAUGGUCUAAUGAAGCCACCUGUGACGGGCAUACCCUUGUUUCAGCUGAUGAAAUGUAUCAACUCGGUUUUUUCAGUCCCGGAAAGUCUAUGAACCGGUAUUUGGGGAUAUGGUACAAAAAUAAAUCCCCACAGACAGUGGUGUGGGUUGCCAACAGGGAGAAACCAAUAACUGACUUGUCAGGUGUCUUCAGAGUACACACCAACGGAUCCCUAUUGGUUAUCGCCGGUAGCAACAACAACAUUGUCUGGUCAUCUAACCCUGGCCCGAUAUCUCCCACAAACGUAAAUCCAGUACUGGCGCAACUAUUGAGCACCGGAAAUUUGGUUGUGAGAACAACCGGCGAAGAAAGUUUCAUCUGGCAAAGUUUCGAUCACCCCAGAGACACGUUCCUUCCAGGGAUGAAAUUGGGGAAGGACCUGGUCUCUGGGUUAGAUAGGCGGUGGACAUCAUGGAAGAGCCUGGACGACCCUUCACCUGGGUCGUAUGUAUCAUUCAUGGAUACAAACGGGUUUCCUCAAGUGUUGUUCACAAAAGUACAAGAUUCUGUUCCUUAUUUGAGGUUUGGACCAUGGAAUGGUCUUACAUUCAAUGGCAUGCCUAGUCACACUUCAAACUCCUUAGUCACACACAAAUUUGUUUUGAAUGAUAAAGAGGUAUACUACGAGUACACGCUUGUUAACAGUUCAGUCGUGACGCCACGUAUCUACUUUACUCCGGAGGGUGUGCUGUUACGACUAAACUGGAUUGAAAGAACACAGAUGUGGUUCCUGUACUGGAACACGAAUAUUGACAUGUGUAGCAGUUACGGACUAUGUGGUUCGUAUGGAAGGUGCAACCCGAAGAACUCACCGGCUUGUAGUUGCAUGGAAGGGUUCGAACCACGCAACCCAGACGAAUGGAGUGCCUCCGAGUGGUCAAGUGGGUGUCGCCGUAGAACUGCUUUAAGUUGUCCGAAUGGAGAUGGCUUUCGAGUGUUUAAAAAUGUUAAAAUGCCAGACACUCGGCGUUCAUGGUACAAUCGGAGCAUGACACUUGGCGAAUGUGAGACAGCAUGCAAGCGGAAUUGCUCGUGUACAGCAUAUGCAAAUAUCGAUAUCAGAAUCAACGGAAGUGGAUGCUUGUUGUGGUUCGAUCAUCUCAUGGAUAUUAGAACAGUGGAUCAUGAAUGCCAGGAUCUUUACGUCAGAAUGGCUGUCUCCGACUUAAAUAUUACAAUUCCGUCAAUCCCACAAUCUACCUCCAAACCAGCUGGCUCCAACAAAAAGAAACAAAAGUUUGUACCUGUGGUAUCAGUCUUAUCUAUCCUUGUUAUGGUGAUUUUGAUUUUAGCAAUCUUGUAUGGUACUUGGAGGAGGAAGAAAAGAUCACAAGUAAAAUUACCAGAUAAACCGGUGGAAACCAUUGAAGAAAAGUAUAUCAUGGAGAGCCAAGACGGUGAUACAGAGUUAUUGUCUUUCAGCCUGAGUAAGAUAUCCAAAUCUACUAAUAAUUUUGCAAAUGACAAAAAGCUUGGAGAAGGUGGUUUUGGUCCGGUUUACAAGGGUGUGCUGGAUGAUGGACAAGAAAUAGCUGUGAAAAGGUUGUCCAAAACAUCAAGACAAGGUCUUGGAGAGUUCAAGAAUGAACUUAAAUUCAUUGCUAAACUUCAACAUCGGAAUCUUGUAAAGCUUUUGGGAUACUGCGUCCAAAGAAAUGAAAGUAUGUUGAUUUACGAGUACAUGCCUAACAAAAGUCUGGACUCAUUCAUAUUUGAUAAAAUCAAAAGUUCGAUACUAGGUUGGUCGGAUCGUUUCCGCAUCAUUCAUGGGAUUGCUCGAGGACUCCUUUAUCUUCAUCAAGAUUCACGAUUUAAAAUUGUUCAUCGAGAUCUUAAAGCAAGCAAUAUUUUGUUGGGUAUUGACAUGAACCCAAAGAUAUCAGACUUUGGACUCGCAAGAAUGUUUACAGAACAGGAAAACGAAGCCAAUACGAAUAACAUAGUUGGAACUUUGGGUUAUUUAUCACCAGAGUAUGCUCUAGAUGGGAUUUUCUCGGAAAAAUUAGAUGUCUUCAGCUUUGGUGUUCUUGUGCUGGAAAUAGUAAGUGGGGAAAAAAAUAGAGGAUUCUCAUAUGAAAAUGGCAGUGAUAAUCUUCUUGCACAUGCAUGGAGACUCUUUGAAGAAGGUAAGGCUAUGGAGUUGCUUGGUAUGCAUAUGCGUAAUUCAUGUGUAGCCUCAGAAGUAGUUCAGUCAAUAAAUAUAGGCCUUUUAUGUGUCCAACAUCAUGCAAACGACAGACCAAUUAUGUCAUUUGUGGUUUUGAUGUUUGGUGAAGAAGGGGCAUUGCCUCGACCUAAAAAACCUGCAUUUUUUGCCAAAGGGAGUGUGCCUCAAUGUUAUCUAGUUUUUGGCAAUGACAUCACGAUGACAACAUUAGAAGCUCGAUAAUAUGUAUAUGUAUUCAUGUCAAGGUCCAUUUUGUGAUCAUAAGUCCUUGAUUAUCUUUCUCGCAUGCAUAUGUUAAAGACGCAUCAACAUAAAUAAUGUAGAAUCUAGGGCCGUAAAUAUGUUUUGUUGCAUACUACAAUUGUUUGAAUAAGACCUACUUUCAAUAGUCUGUUGAAAUGUAUUAUGUAUACAUGCAUUAUGUUUAUUUGAUGAUACGGAAUGACAAGAAAAAUAAUGUCUGCAUAAAAUAUAUGAAGAUUUCAAAGUCAUACACUACAC